AGUUCUUGCAGAGACUCUGUGCCAUCUGGACGUGCAUGCGGGUUUAACUAACAGAAAUACAGAAUCAAGAAAAUAUAUUGAACGCCAAAUAAAAAGUAUACGAGCAACACCUUUGCUACCAUUUUCAUUUACUUUUUUUUCUCGUUGUUGCCAUUAAGUUGUUUAUUCCUUGUAUAAGAAUUAAAUAUAUACAAAGUAUAAAAAAAAAAACAAAACAAAGUGCAAAACCUUUGUAAAAGAAACUAAAGAGGUUUUUUAUGAACUGUGUGUGAGUGUGUGUGUGUCUCUGUGUUUGAAGGUGGUGCGUGAGUGUAAAGAAGAAACGCGUGCCGGAAAAUUGUAGAAAGCACUUUUUCCUUCCAUUCAUCCUCCGAAAAAGAACAUAAAUAUCUUGAACAAAAUGACAACCAAAAUGGCAAUUAAUGCUAAGGAUAUAUUCCGUAAUCAGCAUAGAUUAAUACGUUUUAUUGAACAAUCGAUACGUUUGUGUAGCAAUCAAUCGUUGAAGGCUGCCCAGAAGCAACAGCAGCAACAGAAAUCGAAUGCCGAUUUCGAGAUAACCACAUCGAUUAAUACACAAUACACAAAUGCACCGGAACCGAUUAAACAUGAUAAGGAUUUGGGUGAUCUAUUUAAGGCCUCACAGUUGCAGGUGCGUUUGGCCUCACCACAGCAAUUGCAGCCGAAACCCGAUAAUGAUGAGGAGUUGGGUUUUGGUAAACUCUUCACCGAUCACAUGCUAAAGAUCUAUUAUCACAAGAGUUUGGGUGGCUGGCAGAAGCCAGAGAUAACGCCCCUAGAGAAUUUGGUUAUGCAUCCAGCUGCCAAGGUUCUUCACUAUGCCGUCGAGCUAUUCGAGGGCAUGAAGGCUUAUCGCGGUGUUGAUGGUAAAAUUCGGAUUUUCCGCCCAGACAUGAAUAUGAGUCGCAUGAAUUUGGCUGCCCAACGUUCAGGUUUACCCACAUUUGAGGGUAAAGAGUUUAUCAAAUGUCUAUCCAGAUUGCUGACCAUCGAUUCCGAAUGGGUGCCACACACAGACACAGCCAGUUUAUAUAUACGACCCACUUUAAUAGGCAUUGAUCCCACUUUGGGUGUAGCUUCAUCAGAUUCAGCAUUGCUGUAUUCCAUACUCAGCCCGGUGGGCAGUUACUUUAAGACUGGUUCAAAUGGUGCUGUCUCCUUGCUGGCCGAUCCCUCAUAUGUUCGUGCCUGGCCAGGUGGUGUGGGCAAUCGUAAAAUGGGUUCGAAUUAUGCACCAACGAUUAAUGUACAAAAGGAGGCCGCCGCUAAAGGAUUGCAGCAAGUUCUAUGGCUAUAUGGUGAGGAUCAUCAGCUAACAGAAGUCGGCACAAUGAAUAUAUUCAUGUUCUAUGUGAACGAUCAAGGAGAACAAGAACUGAUUACUCCGCCAUUGAAUGGUCUCAUCCUGCCAGGCAUUACACGUGACUCCAUAUUGGCCAUGAGCCGGCAAUGGGGUAAAUUUAAAGUACGCGAAGAUCUCAUUACCAUGCCCAUGGUGUGUGAUCUCCUGAAUCAGGGACGCUUGUUGGAACUCUUCGGCGCUGGCACUGCCUGUGUGGUUAGUCCCAUUAAUCGCAUCAAUUACCUUGGUCAGGAUCUAUAUAUACCCACCAUGGAGCAAGAGAAGCCAGUACAUGAGCUUAUAAGGGAAACGCUCACCGAUAUUCAAUACGGAAAAGUUGAUCAUCCCUGGGGUGUGGUUAUCGAUUAAUCAGAUCCUACAACCUCAAACCUCCUCCCCCUCCCCUCUUAUUGUGUAUUAGUAGGCUAUAUCUAUAUAGUUCAAACAGAGUUACUGGGUGUUUUGCCAAUUUGCUCGAAUUUUUCAUUCGUCUUUGUUUAUGUGUUUGCAUUUACGUACCUACAUACUAUACUAUAAUCAUACUAUACUACGCUACACUAUAUACAUACAUACAUAUAAACAUAUAUGUGUUAUUUGUGGAUCGGGUCUGGUCUAUCUAUGUAUAUAUACCUAUACAUAUUAGUUAGCUACAACUUGAGAGUUAUUAUCUAAUUUAUUUACAAAUUUUUCUUAUAAUCAUUUUUUUUUUAUCUCAAUUUGAAUAUAUAUAUGUAUCUAUAUAUUUUUAUAUCCGUUUCAUGCGCUUUUACUUCCAAGCAGCAUUCAAAAUUUUAAAUGUAUAAAAAAAAAAUCAAAAAAACAAAAAAAUGAAACCAAUUUGUAAGUAGGCUUAAAAAAGAAAAAACCACCAAUCUUAACUAUGGAACAAGUUUUUUUGAAAAACGUACCGGAGGCAAGUGCAUUUAUUAGUCUAUAAGUCUUUUGCGUUUUGUCAGAGUUGAACGAACAGAUAACUGAAGUUAAUUUACCGAUUGUUUGGAGGUAAGAGCAAGCUGUGACUAAAAUUAAACUAAACUUAGUUUUACAAGACAAUCCACAAUAACUACACAAAAAUACGUAAAAGAUUAUAUAAUUUGAAUUAUAUAUACAUAUAUACCUAAGUACAUCAUAUAUAAAUAAAUUUUAUAUAGAAAUCUAAUAACUAAGCGAAUAAAGAAACAACCAAAAACCAAACCGAA